CUGCUGUAAACAAGUUUAGAGAAGCGUCUGCCUAUGUCAGAAGGCAGAAAUGGGACCAAUCACAAUUUGUGAGCUGCUGAAUGACACCGGGAGUCCUGCCUCUGAAACUUUUGUUAUUUUUUCCCUCAACCUAUUUCAGUUGUUCCCACAACUUCGUCACAGACUCAGACGAGUUGCCAGAGACCUACAGACACUUCCCACAGCCCAGAGCAAGCUCCUCUGUGCUUCACUAACAGUCACACCAGAGGUGGGUGACAGCACCAUGGAGGAUUAACAAGCAAGCUCCACAAAGGCUGCCUAAAACAAAAAGAGAAGAUAACAGCCACUUCGCACUGUUCCUGACAACUUUUCUUCUUUCCCACACUUCUAAAACCUCUGAUUUGUGUGCUCUGCUUUCUGGUUGCCAUGGAGAAGGUCCAGCAAAUAACCCGCUCUGCUAUGAGGAGAGCCUCAACUAUUGAGGUCAACCCACAAGCACGCCAAAGGCUCCAAGAGCUCUUUGUGAAUUUCUGCCUGAUUUUAAUUUGCCUCUUGCUGAUCUGUAUCAUUGUGAUGCUCCUCUGAAGCUCAGUACUUCUCUGCACUGUCCUCUAGGAAAGUCACCUCAAAGGGAAGACAGACCUUGACCUGCAACUCCCACUGCAUGGAUCCUCUUGUGGGAGGGGCUAGCACUUGGACUAGAGCUGUAUGCCAACCAUCGCGCUCUUCUCUUUCUACCUGCUACAUGUAUUAAAAACACACUUCUGUGCAGAA